AUGGGGAACUGUACGCGUAACCAAGCGCAGCUCCUCCUCGCCUUCAAGGUGCUUCACUUUGUCCACCAACUGCGAAAACGCGUGAAGACACGUGUGCAAAGCGGCUUCGACGAUGAUCUACGACUUGGCAACUACCUCCAAGCUGACCGAAAGGCGUCGAUGCGGAUUCCAGGGUUGUCCCGACCUGGAGCCCGCGACGCAAAGCAGCCGCAGCACAUCGGCAACCGCAUUAGCAAGUGCCGCAAGAACAAGCCAAAUUCGUUUAGACCAGUGCUCAGGCUACUCACACCGGGUUCGGAUGCGUCCGUGUACUCAAACGAAUCUGGCGAGGAGGUGCAACAGUACGUCCAGAGAAGCGUCCGUUUGGUUUCAUGCAUGCUUAGUUCUGCGAACAGCAACCCCAGCAAUGUCGAAGAAGCUCUGACGGCGAUCGCGAGCGACAACAAGCUCUUUCUCAACCAUGCUAGUUCGCCGAUCCUCCAACGCUGUUCCCUGUAUGAGAUCAACUGGGUACUGCUUUCGACAUUUUCAGCUCUGCAGACGCUGUCGGAGUGCCGGUCACAAUUCGGUGAUAACUGGCUUGCGGCACAAGGCCAACUGAUCGGGCUCGAUGUAGACGGGACGUUUGUUGCAAAUCUUGAGCAUUUGCUGCUGUGGCUUCAGGCAAAACUCGAAAAUGCAUUGGUGCGCAAAGUGCGCGCCGAGCUGCUGCACCCUAUGGGCGGGUACAGCAAGAAUCAACGAAAGCUUCUGGCCUGUCUCGAUGGGUUUGCGGAGAAGCCGCAACCACUCAGCAUGUCUUUUCCCUGGACCAUCAAGCCUUCACUGGCUGUGUUGUGGGGUGUCUGCUGGAUGUUUUAUGAUCGUGCUGGCAAUGCGCCUGCGGAUCUAGAAGGUACCAAUGAUCGCGUUCCAGUCACUCGUGUGCUUCAACACGUUGGUGUCCCAUGGACCGCUCCAGGAUCGUCUGAGUACCUCAACUUCGGCCUUGAAAUGAUUGGCCUGCAGCCGCAACCUGGGACGCAACUGCAAACGGGCGACAACAUGCCUGUGGGGCCUGAGAGUGAUGUGUUCAAAGCAGCACGAAACUCGGAUACCUGGCAAUCCGAUUGGCAUCAUUUGAAUUCUAGGCAUCCGAGCCUUACAGUCUCGAGCCUGUCGCCGAUUGUGAAUUCCGGAUCCGCAAUACAAUUACCGCAGAUCCACCACAAGCACGAACGUUCCCUUUCUAGCACCUCGAACACUGAUAUGCCCACUCCGGUCAGCAUAGCAGGAAACGAUCUCCCCUCACCCGUGGGCGAGCAGCACAGAACGACCAUGUCGAGCCCUAACACCCACACAAGACAAUACUCUGAGGACAUAUCUUCCCAAGAUGAGCAUGACGGGUCGCUGCGGAAGAACCACUCGUACAAGCGUGCUGAAGAGCCACCGCGCAACAAUGAGGCAAAGAUGAUCUGCAAACGUUCAGAGUGCUCCGGCAUCACUUUCGACCGCAAAUGCGAAUGGAGCAAACACAUGGACAAACACGACCGUCCCUACAAGUGUGGCGUCAAGGGAUGUGAGAAGCUGCAAGGCUUCACUUACAGCGGUGGUCUUCUGCGUCACGAACGCGAAGUGCACAAGAUGCACGGCGGCACCAAGAAGUCCCUCUUCUGCCCGUUUGCAGAUUGCAAGCGCAGCUCUGGCGCCGGCUUUACGCGGAAGGAGAACCUCGCGGAGCACAUCCGUCGCGUACACCGUAGGACAAGCAUGUCGGCGGACAUGCAUGGCCUGGUGAUCCGCCGUGACACCCUGGAGCUCUCACCAACCAUUGAGAGCCGACAGGCGUCGGAGUCGCCUUACGUCCGCAACAUGGAGUACCGCGACAGCGAGGAGCCUUCGCUUAAGCGGAAACGGAUGUUUGACUCUGUGCUUUCUGAUCGCGCUGACGAGGACCUUCGUGCUGAGAUCAAGCGCCUGCGACACGAAAACGAAGAGAAAGACGCGCGGUUGCGACAGCUCGAGCAGGCUGUCAUGGCGCUGCAGCAGAGUCGCAGAAGCUAG